AUGUCCACCACCAGUACCUAUGUCCACCACCAGUACCUAUGUCCACCACCAGUACCUAGGUCCACCACCAGUACCUAUGUCCACCACCAGUACCUAUGUCCACCACCAGUACCUAGGUCCACCACCAGUACCUAUGUCCACCACCAGUACCUAUGUCCACCACCAGUACCUAUGUCCACCACCAGUACCUAUGUCCACCACCAGUACCUAUGUCCACCACCAGUACCUAUGUCCACCACCAGUACCUAUGUCCACCACCAGUACCUAGGUCCACCACCAUGUCCCAGUACCUAUGUCCACCACCAGUACCUAUGUCCACCACCAGUACCUAUGUCCACCACCAGUACCUAUGUCCACCACCAGUACCUAUGUCCACCACCAUACCUAGUCCACCACCAGUACCUAUGUCCACCACCAGUACCUAUGUCCACCACCAGUACCUAUGUCCACCACCAGUACCUAUGUCCACCACCAGUACCUAUGUCCACCACCAGUACCUAUGCCACCACCAGUACCUAUGUCCCACCAGUACCUAUGUCCACCACCAGUACCUAUGUCCACCACCAGUACCUAUGUCCACCACCAGUACCUAUGUCCACCACCAGUACCUAUGUCCACCACCAGUACCUAUGUCCACCACCAGUACCUAUGUCCACCACCAGUACCUAUGUCCACCACCAGUACCUAUGUCCACCACCAGUACCUAUGUCCACCACCAGUACCUAUGUCCACCACCAGUACCUAGGUCCACCACCAGUACCUAGGUCCACCACCAGUACCUAUGUCCACCACCAGUACCUAUGUCCACCACCAGUACCUAUGUCCACCACCAGUACCUAG